CCUAAGUUCAACCAAACAUGUAUCUCUUAAAAAUUGAAAUUGAACGGAAAACCCGACGCCCUAACCUGACCCGGGUAUCAAACUAUCAAUGGCGAAAACCACGAAAACAAAGAAGAAGAAACCCUACGACACAGAUACUGAAGAUUCAUCUCAAUCGUCAUCGUCUCCGUCACCAUCUUCCAGCUCCGAUGAAGUAUACCGUUCAUCGAAACGGCGGCGGCGGUGUCGUCGUCGCCGGCAUCGCGAUGAUACCGAUGAAGAUGAAAGCGAUGAAGAUGAUGAGAGGAGCUCGAAGAGAGAGAAAGAGAAACGAAGGAAAAAGAGAAGAAGAGAGACGCGUGUGAGAGAUAGAAGUGAAAGAAAGCAUCGAGGCAAAAGUAAGCAGCGAUCUCAUAGAGAUUCCAAGAAGAAAGUUUCUGAUUCUGAUUAUGAUAGUGAGUCAGAUUUUGAUUUUUCUGAAGCUAAAGAUGUUGUUAAAGAUAUGCUUAUUGAGUUUCCUGGAGUUUCCGGUGAUCUUAAGCAGCUCUUACAAAUGAUUGAUGAUGGGCAAGCUGUUGACAUCAAAGGAAUAUCGGAAAAACCUCUAAUGAAGCAUCUCAACAAGCUGUUUCUUUCCCUAAACCUCAAGGAAAAAGGGGAUCGAGUUUUUUUGCUGCGGCCUCAGGCUCCACCCACUUUGGAGGUUAUUGGGGAUGUGAUUGCUUUACAAACUGAAGCAACUGAGCAGAAAACAGAGGAUGCCCUUGCUUCUCAUUCUGAGGAAGAUGUUAGAAAAGACGAUGUUCCUCCGGCUACCAUAGGUCCCACUUUUGAAGCCUCUGCUCCCCGUAGGCGGAUGGUUGGCCCUGAGAUGCCAUCUGCUGAGUUACUUGCUGCAGCAGCCAAAUUGACUGAAGCUGAGGCUGAACUUAGGGAUGCGGAGUUGGAACAUGAUGAUGGAUACUUUAUUGGGCCACCACCUCCUGCUCUUGUCACUGAGGUUGAAUCUGCUAAUGACGCCGAGCGUUUUGAAGAGGUUACAAGAAUUAUGGGUGUGGAGUCUGAUAAUCCUUAUGAUAUUGUGGGAGUGAAUCACAAGAUGCCUGCCGAAAAUAUAAAGAAAAGGUACUGGAAAUUGUCACUCAUGGUGCAUCCUGACAAAUGUUCCCAUCCACAAGCACACCAAGCUUUUAUUAAAUUGAACAAGGCAUUCAAAGAUUUGCAAGACCCGGAUAAGAGAAAAGCAUUAGAUGAUAAUAUUAAGAAAAAAGAGGAGGAGGAAGAAAUGAAGGCGGAACUAAAAUCAAUGCGGGAAGCUGCCUUAUGGAGGCGAUCGCAAGGACUGUCUAUGGAGGGGGAUGAUAUUCUGCUUGCAGAGCUUGAGGUAAAAGCUCCUCCAAAACGGGAUGAAUGGAUGACAAACCUACCUCCUGAAAGGAAGCCUGGUGGUAUGCCUAUGCACUCCAGACAGUUCAGUCGAACUACCAAAGAAGGGCGUGGUGAUACCAGUGCUUGGACGGAUUCUCCUUUAGACCGGGCUCAGAAAGCAAAGAUGAACUACUUAGAAGCUUAUAAUCAGGCUACGGCACUUGCUUCCAACGAAGAAAACAAGAAAACCUCUGCUGUUGAUGCUAAUUUGGUCGAUGAAUAUAACAAAGCGAAGAGAUCAAAAUCCUUGGUACAGAAGCACCAAGAAGAGACUCAGAAAAGCCAUUCCAAAAAGAAGUCAAAGCAGGUGCAGCAGGCCGAUGAGGAAGAAUGGGCGGGAAAGCACCCUUGGAAACCUUGGGACCGAGAGAAAGAUCUCACAGCUGGGCGGCAGAAUGUUAAAUUAGAUGCAGAGAACUUAACACAGGGUUUGACCUCCAGGUUUUCUUCCGGGUCUUUCCAACGAAGCUUUCUCUGAUGUAAAUUUACUAAUUUUUGUUUUAGUUUUAAUGGUGCACACACUAUAUUACUUUGAUGAUAUUCUAAAUCUAAGUGUGUCAAUAAUCAAUCUGGCGUUAACUGCA